AUCCCUACACCGAGCGUAUAGAAAUCGAUCCUUCGCUCUUCCCGAGGAAGAAAAGAGAGAGCAGCAGCGAGAGACGAACAAAAAACAGAAUCCAUCGCCAUAAUCGAAGGUUCGCUCUUGCUUCCACCCCGCAAUCCACAUGGAGAACGAAUUCCAGGAUGGUAAGACGGAGGUGAUAGAAGCAUGGUACAUGGAUGAUAGCGAAGAGGACCAGAGGCUUCCUCAUCACCGCGAACCCAAAGAAUUCAUUCAUGUUGAUAAGCUUACAGAACUAGGAGUAAUCAGCUGGCGCCUAAAUCCUGAUAACUGGGAGAAUUGCGAGAACCUGAAGAGAAUCCGCGAAGCCAGAGGUUACUCUUAUGUGGACAUUUGUGAUGUGUGCCCAGAGAAGCUGCCAAAUUAUGAAACUAAGAUCAAGAGUUUCUUUGAAGAACACCUGCAUACCGAUGAAGAAAUACGCUAUUGUCUUGAAGGGAGUGGAUACUUUGAUGUGAGAGACCAAAAUGAUCAGUGGAUUCGUAUAGCACUGAAGAAAGGAGGCAUGAUUGUUCUGCCUGCAGGGAUGUACCACCGCUUUACGUUGGACACCGACAACUAUAUCAAGGCAAUGCGACUGUUUGUUGGCGAUCCUGUUUGGACACCCUACAACCGUCCCCAUGACCAUCUUCCUGCAAGAAAGGAGUUUUUGGCUAAACUUCUCAAGUCAGAAGGUGAAAAUCAAGCAGUUGAAGGCUUCUGCAGCGUGACCCAAAAGCUGCCAAACUGGGCCGACCUCGAUGAUGAGUUGUCACCCUCAAAUUGGGCCACCUGUCCACCACCCGGCCCAUCCACCUGCCCCCAUCUGUCCCACCCAACCCCCCUCCCCCCCUCUCUCCACUCUCCAGAAGCUUCUCCGCGGCCAGUGGCGACGCUACCCUACGCGGCGUCUAGAACCUUCCACACCUCUCCCGACGCCUCUCGACGUACGGCGAGGGCGGGAGGGGGGGUCAUGGACCCGGCGGCGGCGGGCAUUGUGAAGGAGGAGAUGCUGGAGUCGCAGCAGCAGCAGCGGCAGGAGGAUGGCGGGGCGGCGCCGCGGCCGAUGGAGGGGCUGCACGAGGUUGGGCCGCCGCCGUUCCUGACGAAGACGUACGACCUGGUGGAGGACCCGGCCACCGACGGCGUCGUGUCGUGGAGCCGCGCGGGCAACAGCUUCGUCGUCUGGGACCCGCACGUCUUCGCCGACCUCCUCCUCCCGCGCCUCUUCAAGCACAACAACUUCUCCAGCUUCGUCCGGCAGCUCAACACCUACGGCUUCAGAAAGGUCGAUCCUGAUAGGUGGGAGUUUGCAAAUGAGGGUUUUCUCAGGGGCCAAAGGCAUCUCCUGAAAACGAUAAAGAGAAGGAAGCCCCCGUCCAAUGCACCUCCGUCACAACAACAGUCCCUCACAUCUUGUCUGGAAGUUGGUGAGUUUGGAUUCGAGGAAGAAAUUGACAGGCUGAAGCGUGAUAAGAACAUCUUGAUCACAGAGGUAGUAAAGCUAAGGCAGGAGCAGCAGGCCACUAAAGAUCAUGUGAAAGCCAUGGAAGAUAGGCUACGAGCCGCUGAGCAGAAACAGGUCCAGAUGAUGGGGUUCUUGGCAAGAGCAAUGCGCAACCCAGAGUUCUUCCAGCAGUUGGCACAGCAGAAAGAGAAGAGGAAGGAGCUUGAGGAUGCCAUCUCGAAGAAAAGAAGGCGGCCUAUAGACAAUGUUCCAUUCUAUGACCCUGGGGAAACAAGUCAGACUGAGCAACUUGAUUCGCCGUAUUUGUUUGAUUCAGGUGUGCUUAAUGAGUUAAGUGAACCUGGAAUCCCUGAGCUGGAGAAUCUCGCAGUGAACAUUCAGGAUCUGGGGAAGGGUAAAGUAGAUGAAGAGAGGCAGAAUCAAACUAAUGGUCAGGCAGAGCUCGGAGAUGACUUCUGGGCAGAGCUGUUGGUUGAAGAUUUCACAGGCAAGGAGGAGCAGUCAGAGUUGGAUGGCAAAAUUGACGGCAUCGACGAACUGGCUCAACAGUUGGGGUAUCUGAGCUCUACUAGUCCAAAAUAGAGUUGAUUUUGUGAUUGUUCAUCCAACAACUACUGCUGCUUCAGUGCUUUUGAAGAUCAUCUUGAACAAACUGGAAUGUUGGCUGUGUACAUCCGUUUGGAUGUAGAGGCCGGUUUAAUCCAUUAUCUAAAAAAAAUCUGCAGGAAUGUGGAUUAGAGUAGUGAUUGGAUCUUUGCCAUCGGGGCUGAAUAUUGAUAAUGCCGAUUUUUCAUUCCAUUUUUUCGAAUAUAUGUUUCUCCAUUUCAGCCCUGCUACUUGCUUCUGAAUUGCUCUGUUGCUUGUUAAACAGAUCCAAUUGACUAGUGGAAAUAUGACCAACUACGGAAGGUGUUCAUGGUGUUUCCCAGACUAUGGACGCCACUGUCUAGAAGCUGUAUAAACAGUCUGUUUGCCCUGACAGAGCUCCAUGAUCUGUAAUAUGGUGGCUGCCUCCAACCUGAUUAGCAAAGGAUCCUAAAGAACUCAAUGACUAUGGAAGUAGACAGCUGAUGUAUAUAAUCCAGUGACCAUUAGCUGGUAUCAGUAGCUCUCUGUGGAAGCAGUUUACUGCUUGUAGAACCAGUUGGGUGAAGUUCUUGUAGGCUAUGCCAGUGCAUUUGUAUGGGUCCUUGGCCUGUUAUUGGCAUCUGGCUCUAUGUUGCCUCAGUGUCUAAGUAUGGUCCCUGCUAUCCCAUCUAGUUUAGGUCUCCAUGUGGUCAUCCAUGAUGUAUCCUUGAACAUCUAUGCUGUUCAAAUAAAGAUGGAAUUUUGCUUAGUUCUUA